AUGGCAAGACCUCGUGUUCUGAUCUGUGGAACAUUGGGCUGGACUCAGCAAGAAUGCGCGGACCUCUUCGAAGAUGUCGCGGAAGUCAUCCAAUACGACAGCAGAAAUCGCACAGAUUUCAUCUCUAGCUUCCAGCCAGGGGGGAGAUACGAAGAUGUCGUUGCAUUGUACAAAGACGGAGGGUCCUACUUUCUAGGUCCCUUCGACAGGGAGCUUAUCGGCGCCAUUUCAAGAAGUGUCAAGUACAUAGCCAACAUAGGCGCAGGAUAUGACCAAAUCGACACUGACGCUUGCAGAGAUAACGGGAUCCUGCUCACGAACACGCCCGGAGUGGUAGAUGAAGGCACAGCGACUGCUGCGCUCUACCUCAUGAUCUCUGUUGUGCGUCAGUUUGCCAAAGCAGAGCAGGAUAUUCGUGCUGGCAGGUGGAAUUUCGAGCACUCUGCCGGGUCCGCGCACGACCUGACGGGUCGCACACUGGCGAUUCUCGGCAUGGGUGGGAUUGGGAUGCGGCUGGCUGAAUUGGCCCGCGCGUUCCCCAUGCGAAUUGUAUACCACAACCGGCGGAAAGUGGAAGAUGCGCCGGAGUGGUGCGAAUACUUCGGAAUCGACCGCCUGGAUGAGAUGCUCGCGAUUACGGACGUGCUGAGCGUGCAUGUUCCUCUGAAGGACGACACGGUGGGAUUCGUCAACGAGGCGAUGAUUCGGAGGCUGAAGAAGGGAGCGGUGAUCGUGAAUACUGCCCGAGGAAAAGUGAUCGAUGAAGAGGCUAUGAUUAGAGCACUUGAAGACGGCCAUGUGAGUCCAACCGGCUUUACAGACACAACAACUAAAGCUUACCACUCGGACCAUCAGUUGGCAGGCGUUGGGCUGGAUGUCUUCACAAACGAGCCGGACGUGGACACACGCCUUCUCGAACUGCCAAAUGCAGCGCUGCUCCCUCAUAUGGGUUGUCUUACGCGUGAAACGCUGGAGAAGAUGGAAAUAAGGGCACUCACUAAUUUGAGGGAUAUGGUAGUAACUGGGUCGGCAAAGGAUGUUGUUCCAGAGCUGAGAUAG